CCACCCAAUUACACAUUUACAGACUCAAAACCAUUUUCUUAUCUUCUUGUCCCUUCUUACUUCCUUAACUCAGAAUCUCUGUGAUACAGAGAAGGAGUUAAGGGAAAAUGGCACUGCAAACACCCUCAACCACUCUUCACACUGCAAGGUCCUUAGCCCCUAAUGGCAAUAAUGCUGGCUUGCGACCAGUGUUCAAUCCUUUUGCUUUGAAGUCAUCUUUCUUCUCUGGUUCUCUCUUGCUUCAUCCUAAUCAAAACCGUCUGGUUACUUCUCCAGCUCCCAGGAUUUCCAUGCGUGUGGCUUCCAAACAAGCCUAUAUCUGUCGUGAUUGCGGGUACAUUUACAAUGAGAGGACCCCCUUUGAGAAGUUACCUGAUAAAUACUUCUGCCCUGUUUGUGGUGCUCCAAAACGAAGGUUUAGGACCUAUGCUCCAGCUGUAACAAAAAAUGCAAAUUCUACAGAUGUUAGAAAGGAAAGAAAAGCAGAACUCCAAAAAGAAGAAUCAAUUGGGAAGGCACUUCCUAUUGCAGUUGCCGUGGGAAUUGCAGUGCUUGCAGCAGCAUUAUACUACUUCUAUCUGAACAAGUAGCUUUAGGUGGAUGUAUGGUUGCACUACCCUCUAAGUCCGAAAAACGGACAUUUUAUCUAUUGUUUAUUUAGUUCAUUCAACAUUCCAUAUUGUUCCUUCUGUUUGAUUUCCAAUAGUUAGAGCCCUUGUAUGUUCACAGAAGUUAAACUGAACAGAAAAUAGGAAUACCAGAAAGUGAAUUCAAGUUCA